ACUUCUUCACCAGAGCAGAGAACAAGUUAAUUGCAAGGAUAGCACUGGCAACACGCAGGGCAAUUAUGGAGUUAUGGACCACACUGCACAUUCCCUCACACACCAUCAUCGCACAUAAGAUGGGCGGCCUCAUAGCCCAGAUACAUGAAACUGCCAAACACUUCCAUAAGACUUGGGACCCAUGGCUCAACGGAGAUACCACACUGUCUUGGUAG